AUGCUACUACCCUGUUAUCACCCCGCCUUCCCUCCUUUCCCUCCCUUUCCUCCCUCCACUCCCUCUUCUCAUCCCCUCUCCCAACAACCCUCACUCAUCUCCCGCGGCUGCACCCCCUGCGUCCAACCCUCUCCGGCCUUCGCUGGCAGUCAAGCUGUUCCGCAGGCGCUGGCGGCAUGGGGGCAGCUUGGGGGCGGCUGGCAGGCGUGGUCGGGCAGCAGUGACUGCUCAACCGUGCAGGGCGUCACGUGCGACGCUCAUGGCAAGGCAACGUUGUCUCCCUGGUACGUGAGGCAUGUGAGUGCUGCUCCAGCGCAUGUGAGUGCUGCUCCAGCGCAUGUGAGUGCUGCUCCAGCGCAUGUGAGUGCUGCUCCAGGGCAUGUGAGUGCUACUCCAGCGCAUGUGAAUGCUGCUCCAGCGCAUGUGAAUGCUGCUCCAGCGCAUGUGAGUGCUGCUCCAGCGCAUGUGAGUGCUGCUCCAGCGCAUGUGAGUGCUGCUCCAGCGCAUGUGAGUGCUGCUCCAGCGCAUGUGAGUGCUGCUCCAGCGCAUGUGAGUGCUGCUCCAGCGCAUGUGAGUGCUGCUCCAGCGCAUGUGAGUGCUGCUCCAGCGCAUGUGAGUGCUGCUCCAGCGCAUGUGAGUGCUGCUCCAGCGCAUGUGAGUGCUGCUCCAGCGCAUGUGAGUGCUGCUCCAGCGCAUGUGAGUGCUGCUCCAGCGCAUGUGAGUGCUGCUCCAGCGCAUGUGAGUGCUACUCCAGCGCAUGUGAGUGCUGCUCCAACGCAUGUGAGUGCUGCUCCAGCGCAUGUGAGUGCUGCUCCAGCGCAUGUGAGUGCUGCUCCAGCGCAUGUGAGUGCUGCUCCAGCGCAUGUGAGUGCUGCUCCAGCGCAUGUGAGUGCUGCUCCAGCGCAUGUGAGUGCUACUCCAGCGUAUGUGAGUGCUGCUCCAGCGCAUGUGAGUGCUGCUCCAGCGCAUGUGAGUGCUACUCCAGCGCAUGUGAAUGCUGCUCCAGCGCAUGUGAGUGCUGCUCCAGCACAUUGCGGCAGAUGGGACGCACCAUCAACGUCUCAGCCAUCCCUCUCCUCACCUCAGUACAUUGCCCCAUCUGUAGUCCUUCCACGUCUCCCCUCCCUCUCCCUCUCCUAA